AUGAAGGUUUCUACUAGCAACAUCAUUGCUCUUCUCGCGCUCGCCGCUACCAACGUCGUCGCUGCACCAGCUACCGGCGGAGUCAGCGUGGACGUAGCGUCCGAUGCAACUGCCAGCUCACAGCCCGACUUUGCCAAUCUAGGAGAAGAGUCGUUGGACGACGACUACAGCGGUGAACCGUUCGAGCUUUCUGAGCUCUUGCCGGAGCUGUUCCCGGAAUUGGUGGCUCGCGCCAAGCCAGGCUGCAUGGGCGGCAGCUGGAGGGCAUGUCACGACUGGACCCUACGACAGUGUCCUCUGCGGUGCACUGGCCUGCCGCGACGCCGGCACCCUUGCACGCAGCGAUGCAUCCGAGGGGCGGAUAUCCAGUGCCAGAAAGCAUGUUCCUAA